AUGGCUAUGGUAAACGUCUGGAUAUUUCACAAAACUCUGAACAAAAAUGAAGCUCUAAACUUGAAGGAGCUCCGAAGAGCUGUAACAACAGUUUAUCUAAAAGAAACUGUAAUAAGAACAAAAGACAGGCCUAGAAUCUGGACUGUACCUUCUGAUGCAAAAGAAGAUAUUCGUAAAGAUACUUCCGGAAAGUACUGCAAUUCCACCUGGGAUGGUUUUCUAUGUUGGCCGUCAACGCCAGCUGAUUCCAUCAUCCAUUUGCCGUGUCCGCCAGAGAAAGGAGUCGAUAUCACAAAAUUCGCUAGUCGACGCUGCAAUGAAAAUGGUCGUUGGGACGGCCGCUAUCCAGACCAAGAAACAACUAAAGGUUGGAGUAAUUAUACGGAUUGCUUUACCAAGGAAAUCAAAUUAUUAAUGGACAAGUUGUAUACCAGUUCUGAAUCAGAUUUGCAGAGGAAGGUUCAAAUAGCCAAAGAAACUAGAGUGAUAGAAAUGACGGGACUUAGUAUAUCAUUAGUUUUUCUUGUCAUCUCUAUGUACAUAUUCUUUUAUUUUAGCUCUCUGAAAAACAAACGCACAAAAGUCCAUAAAAAUUUAUUCUUCGCCAUGUUUGCUCAAGUGUUCAUACGUCUCGUCUUGUAUACGGACCAAUGGUUAUCACGUGAAUCUAUAGACAAUGCAACCUCCAGGUUAUCGCACCCAUAUAGUAUAGAGAAUAUACCUAUUCUUUGUGAAUCUUUCUAUAUGUUAUUGGAAUACACCAGAACUUCUGUGUUCAUGUGGAUGCUUUUAGAAGGAAGCCACCUGCAUACAAGCAUUGUAGUCGUAUUCCCUAGAGAUAUCAAAUUUAUCUUCUUUUAUUGUAUUGGAUGGGGUGAGUAA